AUGGGAGACGCAGCAGACGAAACCGAGACCGACGAGCCGGACGACCUGCCCGAGGCUCAAGGCCCAGCAGUAACGGUUGCCCACGCGGCAGAGAGACUUAUCGCCAACCAGAUGGAAGCACAACAGGCAAAGCUGGCCGUCUUCCGCGCAUUCUGCACCGCCUUCGACAAGACGGCUGCCCAGUUCAACUCGGGCCACGCGCUCAGCUUCGCGAAGGAAUUCUCGCGCGGCUUCAUUAGCUACUGGGACGACGCGCUCAACGGCGCGCCCACACGCGCCGGUCAGAAUGUCAACAGCCGCCACGGCAGAGACGGGACCGCACCGACCUACGCCGCUAUGGCCCAGAAGGGGAUGGCACAGACAAGGGCCCCCCUGCCGGCACGCCUCGGCCCGAAGCCCUGGAAGGCGCCUCCGGUCCAGCCGCCUAAAGAUGACCUGCGUGUCUUCGUGCGGCUCGACGACAAGUCCCCAGCAUGGGGCUAUCAGGGGCAUGCCAUCAGAGCUCACGUAGCUAAGACUCUCAACCUAGGGACAGAACGCAUGCCACAGAUCGCCCGGGUUAAGACUGGAUGGGCUAUACGGGCCUCAGACCGGGAGGCGAGGGACCUGCUUGUGGAACGGCAGGACGACUGGGCGGCCCGCCUCGGGGCCGUGGCGGUUGAAGGCUUCCAGAAGUGGCACACGUACGCUGUGGCGGACUGCCCCAGGCAGCUCACGGAUAUCUGGGGGGCCGCCGUGGACUAUGACCAAGCUAUCAAAGAAGAGAUCAAGCUCCAGACAGGUGCCGAACCAAUUGAUGUGCACAUUGCUAAGAGAUACUCCGAAAGCUCCGACCAGCCCACUGUGACAAUGAUUGUGUCCUUUCAGGCGGCGAUACAGAGGAGAUGGCGGCUCUUCGGCACCAGCCGACUAGCCCGACUGAUCGCCAAGACCGCCCGGCCCGCGCAGUGCGACACCUGUUGGGAUUAUCACUCCCGCUACGCCUGCGACCGAAAACAAGCCUGCCGACGAUGCGGCGGGAAAGACCAUCGCGAUAACGACUGCAAGCAGCCGGAGAGGAGGACGAUCCGAGUUCUCCAGGCCAACGUGGCCAAAAUAGGGGCCUAUCAUAGCAUAGCCCUACGACUAGCGGAAGCAGAAGACUACGACGUCGUGCUCAUCCAGGAACCGAACGUUUGGAUAGAAAAGAAGGCGGAGCCUGCAGGACCCAGACGCACCGCUCCUUCCACGCAUUCGCCCCAGAACGCGCCUGGGAACCGGAUCAGGCCCGAGAGUGAUCUCCAGGACGUCCCCGAGAGAUGCCUCAUCGCGGGCGACUUCAACGCCUGUCAUUUCUCCUGGCAGCCUGGAGCCCGGAGUGCGAGGAACGGAAAGGACAUCGCCCAGUGGGCGGCCGACAAGGGGCUCGGACUGCUCACCACGCCAGGCGAGGCCACACACGCCCGCGGAAAUACCAUUGAUCUAGCCUUUGCCAAUAUCCCUCUGCUGACGCGCUUAUCGAAGAGCACCUUCAUACCGGCUCGGACCAUUACACGAUCAGCAUUACGCUCCCCGGCGGAUUCCCCCAAGGACGAUAGCUAG